GGGUUUCAAAUUAUCCUCCUCCUCCUCCUCCUCCUCCACACUCCUUGGUACAAAUUUACAAAACAACACAUCAUGUACAGACUAAUAGUGCUGUGCUAACAGCAGCCCUUGGACCACUGACAGAAGACCCACACAAUUCUGCAGUCAAUGAGGAAACUGUGAAUUCCCUUCCACUUGUUUUUGAAGUCAUUCCUGUGUUUGAUAUUAGACCAAUAAUGGCAGCCACCUCAGAUGGCAGGGCAAUUCACACCAACUUAGGCCAUACUGGUCAAUUGCUCACUAAGGAGAGAAGAUGCCUAGUGAGAAUUUUAGUUUCUCACUUAAUUGAGACAUUUGAGGAAACACCCUCAACCAACACAAAAAUUGCCCUUGCUAAUUCGUUGAUCCAGACAUUCCCAUGUAUAAGGGAUUCCUCUGACACUGGCAGGAACUCAUGGUUUGCGAAGGGCAGGAAGGCCAUGCCAUCAACUGGCUUCCUGGAGGAAAGGCUGCGCAACAUACGGAAAAGAUUAAGGGCCACGAAUCGGCCAGUAGGAGAGGACUCACAACUACAGUCUCGUCCUACUUCUGUUCCAGCCUCACCUAUACCCCAGGUGAGAGCGGAGGAGACGAUCGAAUGGCUAAGGCAUAACUCUGCACCAAACAAUCAGUUGUCAAACUAUAUGGAGGCGACUGUUGUUUACCGUGCAGAGUGGUUCCGGAAGAACACUGGAAAAUCAAUUGCCGAGGCCCUCAAAGAGUUCCCCCGACUCCUGUGUCCAGGCAUGAUUGCUCAGGACUUUGAUGUCCUUCAUAAAGAGGCAUCAGACAAAAUGUUUGUGACCUGGAGGAGGUUCAGCGAGAAGGUUCUUCAAGUGGCACAGCGGGAGGGGAAGCUUCACGUCCAGACAGAGUCUUUGUCACAAGACUCCAAAGACUACAUUGCCCUGAGGGUCCUGCCAAGCCUGAUGCCACCUGCAGUCUUCAGCAUGGGCCGAAAGACUGUGAGGACUACAGUGUCUGAUGCCAUGAAGGCCUUCAUCGAUCUUAAGCCUGUCGGAACAAACAUGGUGGAGUACCUUAAGGCAGCAGAGCUACACCCUUGUGUUGGGAGGAGAGGAGCGCUGCUCACAGGCCUUCACUAUUCUAAGUGGGCAGGCCAUGGAGCAGGACACUAUUGUCCAAGCAGUUGAUGUUUGUUUUAAAAGUUUUUAUGUGUUUGAUAUCAACUUCCCAAAGGAGAGUGCCUCUGCUUGGCAAUUCCUCCAGGGGCCUGUUUAUGGAAUGGGUGGGGGUAAUGUGGCCCCAUGCGUUUCUUUCCUGGAAACGCUAAUGCGUUAAGGUUCUCUCUCUCUCUCUAUCUAUAUAUAAUCUAUCUAUAUAUCUCUGUCUCUCUAUAUUUUAUGUGUAUGAUGAAAUCAAAUACUUUUUGCUUGUUAUUGUUAUUCCAGUUUUACCAAUAUUUUUUG